CGAGUUUGUUUUUUUGAAAAGUAUUUUACUAGUCAAAAUAAGAUUAGUGAAAAUUUGGAGUCGAAUUAAAGGGAAUCAAGGAAAGAAUUUCAUAAUUUGUGGCAAAUUUAAUUGUUUCGGAAUUUUAUUUGUUCUAUAAUUCAACAAAGAUAAUUUUAAAAAUUUUGAAUAUUUUUUAGGCAAGCAAGAAUGUUAAGAAAAUAUGCUCAUGUUAUGGCUGCUUCGAAUAAUAAUGCUCCCCCUCAACCUUUAAAUCGAGGAAGAUAUGUGCAUCCACGUCACGGCAAUAAAUUUGGAAAUUAUUUAAACAAAAAUUCACAUCAAAGAAAUCCUCAAGGAUUGGGGGAACCACAAGGGUUGGAUGACUAUUUUGAUGAAGAUUUUGUAGAAGAAAAUAAUGGAAGGGAAGAGGAGGAAGAAGAAGAAUAUCAAGAUUUUAGGGGAUCUGAUUCUGGAAAAGGAGAGGAGAAAAACGAUGUAAAAGAAGAGAAAUAUAAACAAGAAAAUGUUGAAAUUAAUACUUUAAAAAAAGCAAGGCCAAAAGAAUUUAUUCUACCUAAAAGCAACACAAAUCAAAUAACAACAGAAAAGAGCAAAAAUGAACAACCUAUUGUUGAUAUUUCUUUCACCAAAAAUAACUCAGUAAAUCAAGAUUCUAGCCGAGAAAGGAGUAGGUCAAUAAAACAAAUAACUCCAAAAACAAUAUGGGACGAAGAAGAGGAUGAGGAAGAAAUCUCAACAAAUCAUAACAACAUUUACGUACCUGAAGGAAAAUUAAUAAAUAUAGAUGAUGAAUAA